AUGGUGCUCCGACGGAUGUUUGCCCUCAAAUGCCCGAAAGUGCUGAUCACAGCAGUGCUCUUACUCAGCUGGAUGCAGCCAGCGCCAAUUCCAGAUCGCUAUCACGUGAUAGAGUUCUAUGCUGGAAAAGCGCGGGUCGCCCGGUCUGCACGUGCUGCUGGCCUGAAUGCUGCUGCUCUUGAUGUCCUCUUCCAUCAGUACCCCCAAGUGUUUGACAUGACCAGCGCAUCUGGAUUUUCGUUCCUUGGCUGA